UCAAAGCAGAAGAAGAAGACGACGAAGAAGAAGGAAGGCGAGCAUUUUGAUACCAGGCCACGACCUGCCACGGCGAGUCGUAACAUAAAAAGGUUACAUAACUUCGAAAAUUGUGAUUACAUCUUAGCUUUGUGUGAUCGGCAUAGAGGGAGGCGUCGAGACGAGUCUCUUCUGCGCCACAUUUCCUGGAUAUUUUGACUUUGGCACAUCAUUUCAUCAAUUUCAAACGUCAGUUGAUGGGCUACCUUCUGUGACCAACCUCACAAAACAAAGAUUGGCUCACAAUUUUCAGGAUCAUCAUGGCUGAUGAUUUUGACGUUGAGGCCAUGCUGGAGGCUCCAUUCAGAAAGACUUCCCUAAUGAUAUCUCACCUCUACUCCCAUGAAUUCAUCUUUGAUUCCACUGUGAACUGUGAAAAAAAGGAAGAUAUUGCAGUUGUGGAGCUUCAUUGUUCGAACACAUGAGCCAUGUCAUGAUUUUAUGGCAAAAUACAGGGCAAGAUGUGUGACAGAGGUGGCAUCGAGCUCUUACAGUCCAAGAACGAAAAUGGGUGAAGAUCACUGGACUGACACCAACCACACAGGAUCUCUUUUAGUGGCCGUGGGCCAUGCGUGGUCACAUGAUUAGGCACAAAUAGUGGCAUUGGAUGAGAUCAAGUCCUCUCAUGCAAAUGGACAUGAUGAUCAAAACAAGAAGUAAAAAAAGGAGAAGUCGAAGCAAGAGCCGAAGCCCGGGCUCUAGGAAGAGAAGAAGCAGAAGCAAAGAUAAAAAGAAGGGUAAAAAGAGGAGCAAGAGCAGAGAAAGAAAACGGACCCGCAGCAGAGAGCGCCAUCGCAGCAACUCCCGAAGCAAGGAGCGCUCUGGUCGCUACAGAGCCCGCAAGAGCCCAGUCCGGAAACGUUCCAAAAGUCGGAGCCCGUUCAAAAAAGAGAAGAGUCCCAUCCGAAACUUUGAGGAUGCUAUCGGGCAGUAUAACAAAAUCAGGGAGCAACCCAUUGACAAUCUAACACCAGAGGAGAGAGAUGCCCGCACAGUUUUCUGUAUGCAGCUCGCUGCAAGAAUCAGAGCUCGAGACCUGGAAGAUUUCUUCUCAGCUGUUGGAAAAGUAAGAGAUGUGAGAAUGAUCUCCGACAGAAACUCCAGGAGAUCAAAGGGCAUCGCAUACAUAGAGUUUGUGGAGUCUUCUUCUGUACCACUGGCUAUCGGAUUAACUGGCCAAAGACUGUUAGGGGUGCCCAUCAUCGUCCAGGCCUCUCAGGCAGAGAAAAAUAGAGCCGCAGCCGCUGCCAACAAUCUACAGAAGGGCAGUUCGGGUCCAAUGAGGCUGUACGUGGGCUCGCUGCACUUCAACAUUACUGAAGAAAUGCUGCGAGGGAUCUUUGAGCCUUUUGGAAAGAUUGAGGGAAUCCAGCUAAUGAUGGACAGUGAGACCGGACGAUCCAAAGGAUAUGGCUUCAUAUCGUUUGCAGAUGCAGAAUGUGCAAAAAAAGCCUUGGAGCAGCUGAAUGGCUUUGAGCUGGCCGGACGUCCGAUGAAGGUGGGGCAUGUUACAGAGCGCUCCGACUCAUCAACAGCCAGCUCGUUCCUGGACAAUGACGAGCUAGAGAGGACUGGCAUCGACCUCGGCACCACAGGGCGUCUACAGCUUAUGGCUCGACUAGCAGAAGGAACUGGUCUGAAGAUCCCUCCUGCCGCUCAGCAGGCUCUACAGAUGACCGGGUCAAUACCUUUUGGAAACAUUUCUCAAUCAGCUACAAGCCAUGCCUUGAACCUCCCAUCACAACCACUGGCCACACACUGCCUUCAGCUGUCCAACCUGUUCAACCCACAAGCAGAAAACGAUCCAACCUGGGCCAUUGAAAUCCAAGAUGAUGUUAUUGAAGAGUGCAACAAACAUGGAGGAAUUGUUCACAUUUAUGUUGAUAGAAACUCUGCUCAAGGUAAUGUGUACGUGAAGUGUCCCUCAAUACCAGCAGCGAUGGCAACUGUAAAUGCACUUCAUGGUCGCUGGUUUGCAGGCAAAAUGAUAACGGCUGCCUACGUUCCCUUACCAACCUACCACAACCUUUUCCCUGAUUCAGUAACGGCGAAGCAGCUUCUAAUGCCGGCACGUCGAUAGUCUGAGACAUGCUUAUAUGGAAGUCAGUGUAAAUACAUUUGUUUGCAGUCAUGGAAGUGUUGUUGAAAAAGACGCAUUGAAAUUAGAUGGCUGUGUAAUAAAAGUUGCCUCAAGUUCAUGUUCACCAUUGAAGACUAGGCAGGUUUUUUUCUUUUGAAUUGCUUUUCAAAUUUUUCGUGGGUUUGUGUUGUAAAAUACCACCGAGAAGUAAUCUGCAGUUAUCUAUUGGUAUGUACGUUUUUAAAUAUUCUUGUCUUAUCUGCUUGUUUAAAUCAACAGUUUUAGAUUUAAAAUAAAUUGCAAAGAGUUACAAACUGUGUUGGGUUAUAGGCCUUAAUGCCAAAAGUAUAUCAAUGUCAACAAUAAUCCUUUGUAACUUUUUACAGCCAUAAUUUCAUUUUUUGUAUGAAGGCUCCCAAUAAAUUUUGGCAAAUUUGACAAUUCA